GGCGGCCCAGUGCGCGUUGCACCUGGCGAGCAGUACUUGCAGGUGCCCAGGGGAGGAAAUGGCCCAGUGCCUCUGCGACAGGUGCUGGAAAAGGUCCAGGGGGAGCCCCGAAAGGGAGUAGCUGCAAACACCGUCUAGGGGGCUCAUUCCCCGAAAAAGACAACUACCUGCUCCAGGAGAGUGGCCGCAGACAGCAGCCCCCACCUGUUCACCUGAGCAGUAGCAACCUUGGGCGGGGUGAGGUUCUCAACCGAGACUGCGGGCGAUGAGAGGAGGCGCCAUGGCCUGGAACAGGCGGUGGGGACAACAGGUGCUCCUGUUCGGCCUCACCUGGCUUGCCACAGGCUGUUUCUCCCUUUUGGUGACUGUGCCAGACGUUGAGCGCUACACUACUUUAUUUGCUUCUGUGACUCUCAGGUGUGAUUUCAGCACCUCUGCGCAGCUGCAGGAUGUGGUAGUUACUUGGCUUUAUAAGUCCUUCUGCAAGGAUCCCAUCUUUGAUUAUUAUUCUGUUGCUUAUCAGGCUGGCCUAGCUAUUGGCCAGGAUCCUUCCAAUGACUGUAAUGACAACCAACGGGAAGUGCGCGUUGUAGCUAAGAGACGAGGACAAAAUGAACCUGUGCUGGGUGUUGAUUACAGACAGCGGAAGAUCACAAUCCAAAACCGUGCAGAUCUUCUGAUCAAUGAGGUGAUGUGGUGGGACCACGGAGUAUAUUAUUGUACCAUUGAGGCUCCAGGAGAUACAACUGGCGACCCUGAUAAAGAAGUGAAGCUCAUUGUUUUGCACUGGCUGACUGUGAUGCUGAUUGUCCUGGGCGGCCUCCUCCUCCUCAUACUGAUCGCAGUGUGCUGGUGCCAGUGCUGUCCUCAGCACUGCUGUUGCUACAUCCGCUGUCCCUGCUGUCCAGACUGCUGUUGUUGCAAUGCAGAAGUUCUGGAACGACACCACUUGAUGAAGCAGGCUCGGCAGUUUUUACCAUUGAUGAAGCAUCACUCUCAGUCAUCUUCAUACCAACUCAAUCCACUCUUGCAGAGAGAUGUGUCUCUGCAGAGUAGUCAGCUGAUGAUGCCUCCACUUGGCCAGAUGCCUGUGAACAACAAGGUCUUGGAUCUGCUUGAGUCAGAGAUCAAGAACCUCAAUUUGUCCCAGCCCCUGCUCCCUUCUAAACGUGUUGGGAGCAGUCAGAACCCCAGUAUACUAUCUUCUCUGGGCCCAGAGAUUGUGGAACGCAGGGUCAUCCACUUACCCCCCAUCAUUGAACGUAUCCCAUCUUCACAGAGAACUAGCAUUUCAUCACAUCGACAACAGUCUAUACAGAAUCCUAGACCUCGAAGCAACCCAAGGGAAGAAGGGAGGAGAUGGAGGCGUCUUUCCUUGGAUGAAGUAUCUCAAUCCAGCUAUGAUCCCGAACCUUGGGACAGACAGCAAGACCAUAGAGUCGAAAGGUGGAGAAAUGGGAGCCGUUGUGAUAGGUUCCAGAGUUCCAGAUCAGAUGCAUCACCUGUGUUGCAUGGUGGGAGCAAUCUUGAUGCCUACCCUACAAACUCCAGAAUGGAAUACUCUGGCCGGCAAUACUCUGACCAAAGAUAUCAGCAUUCAGGGAGGCGGGCUUAUCAACACCUCAGUAGAAGGGAGAAUGAGUCUAUUCACAGGGGCAACCGGCAUCGCAGCUAUUCUUCACCAUCCCAUUGGAAUUCCUGGAGCUCAGCUGAAGACGAUGAGUGCUUUCAGAAGAAUAGCAGACUACAUCGUCCGCACCGUUCUCAAGACUGGCCAGAAGAUAAACCCCCUAGUUAUCGUUCAGUAGAAAUCACUCCAAGCAAUAGCGGCAAAUCCAAAUACCGCACAGAACAACAAUCGGAAAAAGGCAGUUCUCGCAGUGGUAGGAGUGUUAUCAUUUAGUCUGUUUACUUCACCGCUGCACCAAGGGGUAGCUUCAUUUCUCUGAACAGAAGACGUGAACCUGAGGCUGUGAACCAUCGAGUAGAAAACAUCCAGGGAUAUGGGCCCCCUCAUUGCCUUCAGCCUGCCUCUUUUGGGAUGCUUUCAUUUCGUCAAAGUUCUGGAAAUCCUGAUUCCUUCAUGAAGGCCUUCUUUUGCCUUGAAAUGGAUCUCCCUUCUAAGAAUCUGUUUUGUCUUCCCUCCUAAGGAUAAGGAGAGGGUCAGCUUUUUCAAGAUAGACCGAUUGAGCAAAACUCUUCUCCUAAGAACUGUCAUAUCACAGGGACAGGAUCAAGUGACGUGACAUGUAAAUGUUGGUCAGUGGACCAAGCUGAUAUAACUUUGGCUAGAUCAGGCUAAGCACUUCCAACUCUACAGGCAUGUAUUGUUGGAUGUCAAUUUACAUUGUCAUGCCUCAAAGUAAAUGUGGGAUUAAAUUUAGCUAUCUUGUGCCUGUUCUCAGUUGGUGGGGGGAAUAAUGUAAUUGCUGAGCCUUUUUUUCCCAUUAAUUUUUCUUUUGAGCCAUGUAGAAUCUUAAAUCAAGGCCAAUAACAGAUAGUUGGGGUGGAUCCUAUCCCUGUCUUUCCAUUCUGGUUUGAAGCUGUCCUCCAACCUAGAGAGACUCACUCAAAUUUAAAUGGCUGUUCGCGCAAUGGAAUCUGUACUUUUUCUGCAUCUGUACAAGGAGUUCACAGAGAACUGGAGACAUGCUUGCUAUAUACAUAUACCACACCCCCAGGACUUUUGGCUUGGCUCCCAGCUCAGCAAACUGCUAUAACAGUAAGAGAACAGACAAGUCUGCCACUGUUUAUUUUUUUGGCAGAGCUGUUUUCCAUCAGUGACCUAAGAUAUCACUGCUAACUGUAGGUGGGGAAUUGUCUUCACUGAAUGUAGUCUCUCUCAGAGCAAUCCGAAUGCUUUUCUGAAUGCAAUCUCUGCUUUCAUUCCAUCAAUUAACCCUGAAGUGUCCAGGAGUAUAGCUAGUUUAGUUUACUAGAAAUUAAACGGAUCUGGAUUCAGUUAUUUCAGUUAGUAAGAACUGGAAAUGCUUGGAACAACUUUGGAAAAUUACUGUCAUUACUGCAAAAGAGAAGGAUAUUUUCCAAAGGAAGGCAUGAUUUUAACAUGUCCCAUCUUUGAUGGGAGGGCCCGUGCGUGCCUGCAUUUCCAGCAGUAAUAAACCGACCUUAGGGUGGAAUUUCCCAACUUAUGGAAGCCCAGUGUCUGCUGUUGCUGCCUUCUUAUCUCAGUUAAGGGGGCUAACCUUUAUGCUAAGCACUGUAGUGUCAUCGUCCCCCCCCCCCCCCCACACACACACACAGAUUUGUUUAGAUCUGUAACUUGUGGACUAACAUGAUUUCCUUGGAAGUCAUUUCAGGAGUAAGAGCAAAAGGGGAAAGAGGUACUACUGGUUAUUUAUAGUUGAGAAACUGUUUUGCUGUGUCAGGUAAUGUGAUAACACAUUUAUUCAAAACAGAGAUUUUGUGGCCUUGCCUAAGCAGAAGGCACUUCUCAAACAAGGCAAUAGUGUUGGUAAUUUUGUGAAUUUCUUACUCAAACUGUAAACCUUGUGUUUCAUCUUCCAUCUCUCAGACUUUAUUUUUAGGUUAACUUGUGGAAUGUUCUGUAGAAGACAAACGGCCCCAUCCAAAGGAGGGGUGGGUCCUCAGUUGGGAGUAACAAAGGGCUGUGCUGGUGGAUUUGCCCUGCCUGGGGUGUUUGCCCCCGUGGAGGGGUGAAACUGCCUGCAUGUGGCCGCCAUGCCCCCCAGCAGUGGGACAUGGUGCUGAAUGCCACACCAGUAUCCCUGCGCCCCUGCCGCCAUCAGCAUAGCGGGGUGGCUGGGGAAAGAACCAACAUUAGUUGACUUCCUCGCUGCCAUUGUUCCCAUUGUGCCAGUGGAUUUACACCACCAAAGAGGUGGCAUAAGUUCAUUAAGCCCAAUGGGUUUUUUUCUGGCAGCGAUGAGGCUUGUUUGCAUUUUUAGCCUCCCCAUGUUGAUGGAAAACCCCUUGGGAACGGUGGACUGGUGUGGCCACAGUGCCACAUCUGGGUGCCCCACCAUUUGGAUGAGGCAGAAAAGGAAGUGAAAGAGGUCCACUUGAUAAGCUGACAUCAUGUGAUCUUACGAGAGAAUGAGCAGGAGCUUUACACUGGAGGGUGAAGUUUUACUUUUCAACCACCAGGAACCCCAGCGUGACAUUCCUAAACAGCAUUGUCUAAUGUUUUUUCUAUCUAUCAGGAAAUCAGAUCUUUUUAGGAAUCAGAACUGAAAUUCUUGGGCAUCCUGUAAAUGGGAUAUUAUAUGUUGAAUUCUGCACUGGAAACCAGUUUCUGUUAUGUACUUCUGUUAUGCCAGUGUGGUGAAGUGGUUAAGAGCAGGUGCACUCUAAUCUGAAGAACUGGGUUUGAUUCCCCGCUCUGCCACUUGA